GCCGAUGAGUUUUAUAGCAACUGUUGCCCAGUGAGGCAACGCCAUAGUCCCCGUAGUCCUGGCGACUGUAACCCACCAACAACAACCUCUCGCUUCAUCAUUACCACCUCCUCCACCAUCCUCAUCUUCAUCAACCAGUCCGCAGCUCAGGCGCCAUGCAGACCCCUGAAGCAGGCGCUGACUCCACCUCCACUGUCCCUCUCCAGACCACCGUGCCUGUCCAGCCUACCGGCUCCACCCAGCAGGUGCCUGUUCAGCAGCAGCAGGCGCAGACUGUUCAACAGGUUCAGCAUGUUUACCCAACACAGGUGCAGUAUGUGGAGGAAAAUAGUGGCGUCUACACCAACGGCAACAUAAGAACCUACACGUAUUCGGAACCGCAGCUCUACAGCCAGAACAGUGGAGGGAGCUACUUUGACACACAGGGCAGCUCAUCGCAGGUGUCCACUGUGGUGACGUCUCAUGGCAUGACCAACAACGGAGGGGGGAGCACUGGAGGGAUGAGCAUGGGCAUGGCAGGGGGUCAGGUAAUCAGCAGCAGUUCUGGGGCCUACCUGAUGGACAACGCUGGACCCCAUCCUGCCACCCAGACGGCACGAGCUUCUCCAGCCACUAUUGAAAUGGCGAUUGAGACGCUCCAAAAAUCUGAGGGUUUAUCCAGUCAGAGAAGCUCGCUGCUCAACAGCCAUCUCCAAUGGCUGCUGGACAACUACGAGACAGCAGAGGGAGUUAGCCUACCACGGUCCACCCUCUACAAUCAUUACCUGCGGCACUGCCAGGAGCAGAAACUAGACCCUGUAAAUGCAGCAUCUUUUGGCAAACUCAUUCGCUCCAUCUUCAUGGGACUCCGUACAAGGCGCCUCGGGACAAGAGGGAACUCAAAAUACCAUUACUACGGUAUACGAGUGAAACCAGACUCACCGCUCAACAGACUACAAGAAGACAUGCAGUACAUGGCGCUCAGGCAGCAACCUGUUCAGCAGAAACAGAGGUUCAAGCCAGUGCAGAAGUUCGACAGUGGCUCCGGAGACAAUUACACAAGUGGGGGGCAGCACCAUCCUGGAGCGGCAGAGCAGACAGUCAUUGCACAGAGCCAGCACCACCAGCAGUUUCUAGAUGCAUCGCGGGCACUCCCUGACUUUAUAGAGCUGGACUUGGGACAGAGCAAUAUGGAGAACAUCGGUUCAGAGGAUGUGAAAGCUCUACAGUCCCUUUACAGAGAGCACUGUGAGGCUAUCUUGGAUGUUGUUGUCAACCUCCAGUUCAGUCUAAUUGAGAAGCUGUGGCAGACGUUCUGGCGUUAUUCUGCUCCUGACACAGUAGAGGGCGCCACCAUAACAGAAAACAGCAGCAUAAGCGAGAUUGAAGCGCGGCUCCCUCGAGCACAGCUUUUGGCCCUGUGCAGGAACGAGGCCGUUCUUAAGUGGAUGAGCACUUGUGACCAUUUAAUGUACCAGGCCCUCGUGGAGAUCCUGAUUCCUGAUGUCCUGAGACCCAUUCCCAGUGCCUUGACUCAAGCCAUUCGCAACUUUGCCAAAAGCCUGGAAGGUUGGCUUAGUAAUGCCAUGAAUGCCAUUCCACAGAGAAUGAUCCAGACCAAGAUUGCCGCUGUUAGUGCCUUUGCGCAAACGUUGCGCAGAUAUACAUCGUUGAACCACCUGGCUCAGGCGGCACGUGCUGUGUUGCAGAACACAUCCCAAAUCAACCAGAUGCUGAGUGAUCUCAACCGCGUUGACUUUGCCAACGUACAGGAGCAGGCGUCCUGGGUGUGCCAGUGCGAGGAGGGCGUGGUCCAGCACUUGGAGCAGGACUUCAAGGCCACCCUGCAGCAGCAGAGCUCUUUGGAGCAGUGGGCAGCCUGGCUAGACAACGUGGUCACCCAGGUGCUCAAGCCUUACGAGCACCGGCCCAGCUUCCCCAGGGCAGCUCGACAGUUCCUGCUGAAGUGGUCCUUCUACAGUUCUAUGGUGAUCAGAGACCUGACCCUGCGUAGUGCUGCCAGUUUCGGUUCCUUCCACCUGAUUCGCCUCCUGUAUGACGAAUACAUGUUCUACCUUGUGGAACACCGGGUGGCUCAGGCUACUGGAGAAACGCCCAUAGGAGUCAUGGGCGAGUUUGACAACCUCCACACCUUAUCCCUUGCUAGCAUUGAUAAAGAUGAAACUAGCGGGAUGGACAGUGACUUGGAAGAGGACACAGAGGACUCCGGAGAACCUCUCGCCAAGCGCGAGAAGCCGGAGCACGAGGUAAUCCAAGUGAUCCAGGUCGGGGCGCUGGAGGACGGUUCCCACCCUGUGGUGGGUGUUGUCCAGCACAGUGUCCUCCACUCGCUGCAGCAACCCCUGCAGGACCACACCGAACACAUCUUAACGCCCUCUGCUGGGACUCCCACCAUCCGCCACUGCAGCACCACAGGCAACACGUAUGCCUCCGUUUGAGGGUCAAAGGGCACAGCUUCACCUUGUCUGCCUAGUUUUACCGUCUCACUUUCCACAUCUCUCCCUUUACGUCUAGAUGUCUGCAUCUUUUUACAUGCGUUGUCUCUGUUUGCGCUCUACCCCGUUUAGUGGGUGGAGGAGUGACACUCCGGCCAGGAUGUGCUCUGUCCUUGUCUGUUUGGAUUCUGGAUGUGUAGUCGCCUUGUUCAGUCUGUGGAAGGGACCUGGAGGAAAAGGGACUCGAGUGCACCGUUAAAUGUUUCCUCUUCAGACGUGACUUAAUGCUUCUGUCUGUCCACACAGACGGGUUUUGUUCCUUCAAACUGCUGAUGUCUCAGAGCUCAAAUCCAUGUCACUAGUCCCAGUAGAGCAAAAUGUAUUGAAUCACUCAAAAUCUCCACCUGUUGUACAUAGUUUUGCUGUUCUUUUCGAUCGACACUACUCCAAACUCAUGGUGCUAUCAUUGUGGUUUGUUUUUCAUGGAAUUUCUUUGUCUUUUCUGAUUUCUGUCUAUACGCUGAUAGACUUCCGAUUGAGCGAGACGUUUCUGAGUAUUGUAUGUAGCUAGACAACAAGGGGUCAGUUUGUGGAUUCUAGAAAUGACGGGGAAACGUCGGUUUGACAGUUAUAUGGUAGCCACUUGCACAAAAACACUUGCAUCUUUUAGUGAUAUUAGAAGAAAAAAAAAAUCCUGUACUGCUGCUGUUGUGUAUACAGAUGAGAUUCGGGAUGAAAGGGGGGGGGAGCUUUUUUUAUGCACCGCGUGCAUAGUGCUUGCCUUUUAGAUGCUUCGUAAUGUGGUUUACGUGACGUGAUCUUGAAAGACUCUUGGCAGCCAUUUUCCCCUGCUUUUACAAGUUUCUCACUUCAUGAAAUUUCUUACGUUUGCAGUGGACCAAAAAUUCAACCAACAGAGGAGGCUAAACGCGAGUCUCUUGAUGCCACACGGAUGCUGUUCCCUGUCCCGCAGUGCCAUGUUGCGACGCAGAAUAAAAAAACUAAAACAAAAAAAAAAGAAA